CAAAGAUUUCGCUUUGGCCUUUGCCUCCGUGCCCCGGCGGACGUCCGGUCCGGUUCAGUUCCGCUCCGAACCGGGGCUCCGAACGAACCGCUGUGGGUUGGAAGAAGCGGUGCUGUUCAUCAAUGGCCUCUCCGGUGAAGAAGGAUCACGUGGCCAACUUCUACUUCGAGCAUUCCGAUCUGGCAGGCCGACGCAUCGCGGAACACGUGACGGUGGACAAGAAGGGCCAUGUGACCUGGUGCCGCGACGAGGAGUCUCGCGUCUUCCGACGCUCGGACGUGGUUGGGGUGAGCUAUUCCACGAGGUUUGGGAACCCGGAUGAGUUCAAGUACAUCAAGCUGGGGCAAGAAGGCCGUGGCUUGUUCGAAUUCAUGAUGCAGCGGCUGCCCAUCCUCUUUGCCUUGAUCCUCACAAUCUUCAAUAUUUUCACCGUCGCCGUUGCUCUGGCGCUGGCCCUCACUUGGAACUUGUGGCAGGUCUUUCCCAACACCUCCGUGGGCUAUGACAUGUCGAUGGGUCCCGACUACCGGCCCUUGACCUGGACGUCGGUUUUGGGUUUCUGCCUCAUGGGUGCGGUGGCACUCUGUGACUAUUGGUUGGAAGCCACGCCCACCUUCCUGGGCUUCAAACCCAUCACUCGCGGCCCGAGGCGUCCCUGCUUGCUGUGGAUGAAUCGGAUCGUUUUGGGUCUCAAUGGACUUUGGUCCUUCUACGUCUUCAUUGCCUGCCCCAUCGCCUAUUCAGUCACCUGGAAGUUGGACUGUUCCGCCGAUCUCUGUGCUGCGGGCAGUACGGGUGUCGCCACCUGUGGUGUGAAUGGAUGCACCUGUAGUGGUCUCAUGGACAUGAGCUGCACCCCUGCGGUGAGCAAGAUGGGCACUUUGUGCGCGAGUGUGCAGCAGCCGCUUUGCCGGGCACUGGGCAGUGAUCAAGAAGUGAGUGGCGCACAUUUGCCACUGCUGGUGGGUGCGAUUGGCGCUUCGAUCCUGGGAAUUUUCUUGGGCUUGAUGUGGAUCGUGAACAUGAUCGUGAUCUACGGGACGUGGACCGUGGAGUCGGCGGAGGCACGCCGUUUGGCGAGGAAGAACGCGGAGGUGGAGCACCACAGGUUCACUGUGCUCUUCCGGGGGCAACGAAAGAUCAUCUUCACCCUAAGCGCGGAGGAGGACCCCGACGAGGUCAUCAGCUGCUUGAUGCCCGAGGUGGAUCUGGGCGAUCCGCUCUUCUACGGCGAGGGCGACUUCGAUGGUGCCAGCACUGACGUCCCCCCACAGCAAGGGGCCGAAGAGGACGAGCCGAAUGAACCACAGUGGUGCUGAGUGUGAACUCGGUGUCCCAAUUGGUCCGUUUCACUCCGAGACCGAGUGUCUCCACAAAUGUGGGAGACGGCAGCC